UGUUUAUUUUUCCUCGAGUGAAAGGUUCCUAUUGCGACGAAGCAGAUAAGAAAAUGGAUUAAACAGAACAACAGAACUCGACGAAAUGGAUCGUAAGGACGACGAGGAAAAUCCGCCUGGAUCUUCCGACUCCAAACACAAGAGAAAACACAAACAUUCUCCAGUUAUGGUGCGUAAGAAAAAGAAAACGGAAGCGCUGAAAUCAGGCGGUCCACCAGAGAAUCUCUUUCCGGAAAUCACCUCGGCACUUCCUGCUGAUGGGGCAUGCGGCAGUGACGUUAAUAUUCUAUCAGCUCUUAUAGAUGGGGAUGGCGAUUCAACAGAUUCAGAGUGUGCAAUGGACCAGCCGACUCUCCUGGAACAAUUAAAGAUCAUACUUGAUAACUACCAAGACGCUCAAAUCAUUCGGGAACUAGUUCAAAACGCAGAUGACGCCAAUGCCUCGGAGAUGAAGAUUGUGUAUGUGAAUGGUGACGUCGAGACAUCACAAGGGAAAAGCUGUUAUUCGGAUUAUUUCAGGGCUCCAGCGCUGUGUGUCUAUAACAACGGGCUGUUUAGUAAACAGGACUGGAAUUACAUCAAAAGCAUCUAUAAUAGUGGCAAGCGAGAAGACACUCUCAAAGUGGGCAGAUUUGGUCUGGGAUUCAAGUCGGUCUUCCACAUCACAGAUAAUCCAGUGAUUAUUAGUAAUGACCGAGCAAUGAUCAUUGAUCCUUUCCGGACACAAAAAGGACAUGGUAACGAUUGCCAGGUUUUGACCUUCAAGAAACUUCGGAAAUCUUUAAAAACACAUUACAAACAGGCUAUUGAAGCGAUGAAGUCUGUUUAUGGACAUUUCGGAUUUACAAACAAAUCUCUGGAGGACACUUACUCAGGGAGUAUCUUUUGGUUUUCCUUGCGCCGCUUGCCCUCAGAGUUGUCGACCAGAGUCUUUGACCAUAAUGAUGUCACAGAGCUGAUAGACAGUUUCAAGAAAGAGGCCGCUACUUUGCCACUUUUUCUUAAGAACAUCGGUCUGGUUUCGUUUUCUGACCAAGAAAAGGAAUCCGCAUCAUUCUCAGUAAAAUGCGAUGUGUUAGAAAAAGAGGAAAAGAAAUCAUUUAACAGGAAAUUGAAGGCAUGUAACGGUGUAAGUCCCAAUGACAGUAUGAAAGCAAUAUUUCGUGUCGACAUUUCUCUUAAGGACGAUCAACAUGUAAAUGAACAACGCUGGGUUGUUUGUAAUUAUAUAAAAGGCCGAAGCGAUCUUUCCGUAAAGCUCAGAGAAUUGGCCGAGGACAAACAACUGUCGUAUAGUCCUUUCGUAGGACUUGCAACACCAGUCGAAGACACUACGGGUAUACAAUUUCAUGGACAAGUGUUUUGUUUUCUUCCUCUCCCAAAUACGAGUGAAAAUCAAACGGGGCUGCCUCUGCAUGUCAAUGGUUUUUUUGCCCUCAGUCAAGACAGACAUCACGUAAAAUGGCCACCAGAUGACCAAACUGACCGAAUGGACCCGCCUCAGAAAUGGAACCGCUUACUAUGUGAAGAAGUACUUGUAGAAGCGUACGUCGAUACGGUGGAAUACGUCAAGGGCCUCACUGUUAAAGACAAUUGUACGGAUUGCGAUACCAACAUUGUAUAUAGCAUACUUCCGUCACAGAAAACCAUUCGACCAAAUUGGGAUGCGGUUUUUAAUCCCUUGUGCAACCGCCUCAAGGACAAGACCAUUUUUUAUACCAAUAAUGGCGGCAAAUGGAUAAAAGCAAAAGACGCAAUCUUUUCAAUUUUACAAUUUAUUGAAGACGAACUUGAACCAAGCACCAUCCUACAGACGGAACAGUGUAUAUUUGAUCUUUUACUCAAGUACCAACGUAAUGUUGUGAAGGUUCCCUCUCACGUGGCGGAAAUGUUUCCUGAAGUGCCUAAAAUCACACCGAAGUAUUUGAGAAAUGUUCUAAGAGAAAGUAAUAUCUACGGUAGACUUCCAGUCAAACAACAAAUGUUGUUGUUACAGUUUAUUCUAGCAGACCGACAGUAUGCUGACCUUCGUGACCUGAUGCUGCUUCCUCUCGAGGACGAUACCUUCAGAUCAUUUGACGCUGAACAGCCUGUGUACCGUUGUACGGCAAGUGAGAUGAAGAUGUUUCCUGGGACAGAAAGGAACUUCAUCAAAUCAGACUUACCGCAACAAACAGCUGAUCAUCUGAAAGAAAUUCAGAAAGCAGGUUUCUGCAACCUGAGGACUCUGGACGCAGACGGAUUUCCUACCUUACUUAACGAGACAUUGACUGCAAAUGGAGAUAUUGGAGCCAACGGAUGCUUUAGUUCUACCACCAGCCACAUUACAAUGGAAUGGCUCGACCACGUCUGGAGCUAUAUCGGUCAGAAAAAGUAUCAAGUCCUGGAAACUUUUGAAAAGUUGAAUUUGGUUCCUGUAGAUGAUAACUCUAUUUUAGGUGAAGGAUUGAAACUCAUGCCAUUAAAGGGGUUGUAUUUGGUGACGGAUUUCGAUGGAAUGGCUUCGCUUGAUCAGAAUCUGUGUAACGCUUUAGAAAGGCUACCAAUUACUGUCAUCAGACAUAUUGCCAAAGGUGAAACACUUACGUAUCUAAUGGGUACCUAUUGCAAGUAUCCAAAUCUCGAAGGACUGCUUGAACUUUUAGAAAGUCUGUGUAAAGUCCCUAUAAGACAAGAGUUACUCGAGGAAAUGACACGACGGUUCAACGACCAAUGCAAUUCCGAAGAAAAAACAGCUUUGCUGAACUUUCUUGCAAAAGAUUGUCAACAUUCUAAUUCAAAUGCUGAUAGUUUUAUCAGAGAAUUGGCUAUUUUUCCAGAAACGACAAACGAAAACAACGUUUUAGAGUUUACAUCUGUAGCAAAGAACGGACACAUAGCGUGUGAAAACAGCAUCCCAGUUAAAUAUCAUUUACCUCACUUGCAUUUGGAUAACAUACAGAGGAUGCUUGCUAAACGACUAGGAGCAAAGGAAAUUUCAGAGACGAAGCUAGUUGAAAAUAUCCUUCAAGCCAUGACCAACACUCCUGGCAUCUAUGAAAGAUCAAGCAUUGAAACUUUCAUGAUGUAUGUACUUAGGUACUGUACAAGGCUGUCCUCAAGUGAAGAUUUGAAUGAUAUCAUCUUUUUAGGUUCGGGGAUCAAAUUCAUUGCAACUUCGUCUUCAUCGAGCACAACAGAGCUAGCACCGAUCCGGGCAUUCUUUGAUCAUACUAAUCAAGUACUUAAGGAGUUGUUUCGUUUUGACGACAGCAAGUUUCUCAUUAAAAAAUAUCAGAAGGAGGAAUUAGAGUCUGUACUUAGAAACUUUGGUCUCAAAUCCGAUAAGGACGUUAAAGAAGACGAUGUUUUAAAUGUGGUACGAGUACUUGAUCGAGAGUGCCGAAAAGGGAAACAGGCGCAAAUGGAGGAAAUUCGUCAUUGUUCAUUUAAAGUAAUGGAAAUACUGGAGAGGAUGGAAAGGGAAUCCACUGUAAAUUUGGAUUUAAGGGAAUAUCGAUGGAUAUCUUUCAUCGACGAGAAACCAGUUCAUUAUCCGGAUAUACUACCUUGGUGUGCGGAUCAUUGCCAGUCUCCUCUAUGUACCCCGCAAGAUGUAUCCUCGAGUAAACACGAGACGCAGGCGGCAUCUGUUAAAUGUAUCGUGGACACCUCUAGCUGUCCUUGCCUUGCAAACAAAUACGGAUGGAAUAAACCUCCAGAUGCUGACACAUGUCUUCUUCAAUUGGAAGCGGUGAGAAACGUCUUCUGUAUUAAACACAAAGCCAAGUUGAAUGGUAUUUUAAAAGACAUAUACCAACAACUGUUUGAUGAUAUCAAUUCAUUGGAUCAUGAACUGGAAUCACAGCCGAUCAUUUGUACAGGAGCGACUUUUCAUCUUCCUAGAGAUGUGUUUAUAUCUUUUCCCUUGGACGAGAACAUCCAUCUGGAGCCUUAUAUGUACAAACUUCCUGUUGAAUUUGAGGAGUUCUCUAAAAUGUUUGUUGAACUAGGGUCAGUUCAAGAACUUGAAAUAAAUUCAUUGAAGUUAAUCCUUACAACAAUUAGGACAUCAACUAGGCCGUCAACGACCGAGAAAGAUAGACAGAUGGUUGUUAAAAUUCUUAAAAUAAUAUCAAAUCUACGAGAUGCAAAUGAUAUUCUGAGUGAUGUAUUAGUACCUGUCCAAUCACAGAAUGCCAAUCUGGUAUUACAGCCGGUAAAAGAUUGUACGUACUCCGACGAGGAUUCAGGCUGGUUACAAAAUGAAGAGGAUGAUGACGUCAAUUAUGUCCAUUCCGAUGUUGGUGCUAAAUUAGCGGAAUCGCUGGGCGUUCAGUCUUUCACUCAGAGAUUUUUAUCAGACGGUGGAACAGAAGAAAUGACUGUAGCAUGUGGACAGUCUGAACCUCUGACGACAAGACUUAAACAUUUGUUGGAAAACUACCCAGAUGGAUUAGCAGUGCUGAAGGAACUUGUUCAGAACGCAGACGAUGCCGGAGCUAAACAUAUUCAUUUUCUAUAUGACGAAAGACAGAAUAAAGAGGCGACAGUAGGCUUAAUCGACGUUAACAUGGCAAAAUGCCAGGGUCCAGCGUUUUGGGCUUUCAACGAUGCUGUUUUUACCGAACAUGACUUUGAAAACAUUGUCAAACUUGGAGGGGAAACCAAAAAAGCAACGAGAACCAAAAUUGGAAAAUUCGGGCUUGGAUUUUGCGCCGUUUACAAUAUAACAGAUGUUCCCAGUUUUGUAAGUGGAAAUUCUCUGGUAAUCUUUGAUCCUCAUACUACUCAUCUAGGGAAAGCCAUCAAGAACAAAAGCAGCCCAGGAAUUCGGUUGACCAUUACAGAAAAAAGUUCUGGUAUGCUAAAGCGAAUGAGGAACCAGUUCAUGCCAUACAACAACAUAUUUGGAUGUGAUUUGUCUGGAGACACUAAACCUCUCAAGUUUGAAGGAACGCUUUUUCGAUUUCCAUUAAGAACAAAGCAACAGGCAAUAGACGGUGAAAUAAGAAGUACUCCUUAUCGCAAAGAUGACAUGGUACAACUUCUCCAUCUUCUUAAAAACUGUGCAGGGGAUUUGUUGACAUUUACACAGAACUUAAAGGAUAUCAAAGUAUCUCAUCUGCAAGAGGACAGCGUUAACCUACCGAAUGAUAUUCAGCUCAUGUUUAGCGUUGAAAAAAAAAAGAUUAAAAUGCAUCAUAUGUUGAACAACCCAGCAAACAUCAAUGUCAUGACGGAAGCCGAAAAUGUUUUGAGAACAAAACAACCAUUUACAAAAACUGAAAUGAUAUCACUUAAUAUGUAUACUUUAAAAAAUGAACUCCUGAAAGUCGAGGAAACCUGCUUAACGUCUUCUCCCUGGUUAGUGUCUUGGGCUUCAGGAACUAAUCAGGAUGUUCUGGAAAAAGCGAUCCAGCUGCAAAAUGAUGGGGCCUUACCACUUGGUAGUGUUGCAGUUUCUUUAAAAAGUAUAAAAUCACCAUUGGUCCCAGUGCCAUUCCCGCAUAAAGAAAAGCUGCGUGGAUUAUACGACAAGAGUCACAUUUUCUGUUUCCUUCCUUUGCCCGUCGAAUGCAAACUUCCAGUGCAUAUAAAUGGAUGUUUUGCUGUCAGCAGUGAUCGGAAAGGCUUAGUUAAGAGCACAAGUGACGAAAAAAGCGAAACAGAGAAUCAAGUCUGGAAUAGAAUGCUUAUGUCUGAUGCAGUAUGCAAAGCGAACCUAUGUUUAUUGACAAGUCUGGAGCAUUUCGAAAUGUCUUCAGACGAAAUUUAUUCAACACUUUGGCCUUUUACUGUGGAUCAGUCAGAUGAAACAUCAUGUUUGUCAGAUGCGUUCUGUAAAGCCGUUGUUCAUGGAGAUUACCGCGUGUUUUAUACGCCACAAGGACGUCGCGCUUCAUUCAGUGAAUCCGUUUUUCUUGACAUUACAUUGCGUUAUGACAACGUUGUUGGGGAAUAUGCUUUCGAAACUUUUACAAAUUUGUAUAAAGAUGAAAGAGUUCCUAUGGAUAUGCCUCAAGCGUUACAUCGUCAAUUUUGUACAGCUGAUUGUGAAGAGGAUCUUGUGCAACAAACAAUGACCAUGAAAGAAUUUUAUGAGGAUAUUGUCUUCCCUCACAUUCAGCAAAUCGAUGCAGAAAAACGAGAUGCACUGGUGAUGCACAUAUUGAACACCGAUGACCAUUCUCUGCAAAAUUUACUGAAAUCAAAUCCAUGUAUUCCUGUUCUACCAAAUGGUAGAUUGAGACUACCGAGGGACCUCGUACGACCACGGUCAGAAGUAUCGGAGCUUUUCUGUGACGAAGACGGUCGAUUUCCUAACGACGCCAACCAGUUCUUUUGUAGCGAGAUAAACCUGAAUUUCCUUGUGCAAUUGGGUAUGAUGGAUCGAGCGUUGCCGGACGAGCUUGUUGUGGAGAGAGCCCAAUCUAUUUCCAAAUUGCUUGAGCUUAAACCGGCGUUUCAUCGUUGCCGAAGGUUGCUAGCCUACCUUGAACGAGAACAAGAUAAUUGUGGAAAUGAUGUCAUACAUGAUUUAAGUACAACGGCCUUCUUACCUGUUCUUCAGAAGCCUGGCGAUUGGCCGGUGACCUGGUUUUCAAAUGCAGAUGAAACUGGGAUGUUUUCUCCACCGAAUCAAAUGUUCUUUCCAGAGCACAUGGAACGAAUUGCGUGUUCACAUUUUAUAGUUAAUGUUGAAGAACUAAAAAAUGAGUUUGAUGUUCUGAUGAUUCUUAAAAGACUAGGUGUGCAACAUGAGGAGCUACAUGAAGACGUUGAGAAACAACUUGUUGAAAUUGGUAAAGUCGAUGAACACAUAUCUGAGAAGCAGAAACUACGAUUGCAAGAAAUAUGCAUGUCUGUAUACAGGUACUUGGACAGCUCAUCAGAAAACCUGACUGGAACUUACGAUGACCUUCCCAUACUGUGGAUAUCUGAUCAAUUGAUUCCUCCAAAGUGUGCCACUCUUGAGACGUUUUCUAGAAUUGACUGCACACCUGAAAUAUAUCAGGUCGUUUCACCUGAUGUAACAAGAUACGGAACAUUUCUUAAACGCGUUGGUGUCAAAAAAAACCUUUGGAAAGAAAAUGUUAUUUUAGCACUGGAACGUGUGGAAAUUGACCGCGAUAAACCUCUAGAACUGGAGAAAGUUAUACUGAUAGUGAAUCUAUUACAGCUUCUAGCUGAAGUUUGUAGCCGACGUGGACUUCCUUUACAAUCUGACGAAAAAGCUCGUAUCCUUGUUCCAGAUGAUAUAAACAUUUUGCGAUCAUUAGACGAAGUAUGUGUUGAUGAUGAGUUUCCCAUGCCGAGACAAAAAUACAUGUAUUUUGUCAACUCAAAAGUAUCGGGAGAAAUCAACAAGCUACUUGACAUAAAGUCAAAGCGAGUAAAGCACCUAAAUACUAUCAAAGGCAGUUUGCCAUUCGGACAGAAAGAGGAACUAGUGACGAGGCUGAAAGGAAUCCUCGAUGAAUAUCCUCGGGAUGAAACAAUUUUAUACGAACUGUUGCAGAAUGCAGAUGACGCAGGGGCGAAAGAAAUCAUGUUCAUUGAGGACAAGAGGCAACAUAAAACUAAGGAAGGCAUAUUUGGUGAGAGUUGGUCUGACAUUCAAGGACCGGCGUUAUGUGUUUUCAAUGACUCAUGUUUUUCUGCUGCAGAUCUAGAAGGCAUUUGCAUGCUUGGUAAAGGAACGAAAUCACAAGACCCAACAAAAACUGGGCAGUUUGGUAUUGGCUUUAAUGCGGUUUAUCACUUGACAGACGCACCUUCUUUUAUAACAAGAGGUCCAUCUACACCAAAUCAAGGAACAUUUUGUGCCUUUGACCCGCAUUGUACAUUCUGUCCAGCUGCUGAUGAUUUUAAUCCAGGACUACAACUUCCUGAUUUGACGGUACUCGAGGAGACAUACCCAGGUGUAUAUGAAUGCUAUUUACAGGCGGAGUUACCUAGGGUACAGGGUACUUGGUUUCGAUUUCCAUUACGAACCUCGAAAAUGGCAGAAAUGUCUCAUGUAUGUAAAAGAACAAUGGGAAAAGAAUCACUACGAAGAUUACUCUGCCGAUUCCAACAAAAUAUGAAAAAGUGUCUUUUGUUUCUGAGAAAUGUCAGACAAAUUUCAUUAUGUGAAAUAGAUCCCCAAGGUAAACUUAAAGAAAAUCAUACAGUAGUGUCAACGCUGGAAGAAAACGAUGAGCAUCACCUGAAGAGGUUUUUCAACAAAUGUGACACACUAACAAAAGAAUUGUUUACUGUAUCAACGAAUCUGCUUGAAAUCCCCAAACAAACAAUUCAAUACAUCAUGACCAUAAAAGAAGAUUUACGUCAACCUGAACGUUGGAUUAUAGCUCAGACGUUUGGAUUAGACGCCGAUACGAAGGUCCCAGACAGUGUAAAAGAAGCUUUGGAAUGCAGGGAAAUAAAUCUCACGCCAAAAGGUGCAGUAGCUCUACCGUGCACACCAGGGGGUAUGGACAGUCGAUAUGAAUGUGCGCAACGAGAAAUGUCCAAACAUUACGACGAUACUUCCAUAUCAUACUAUCGUGAAAGUAUAAACAAACCAAAUAUUCCUGACCAACUUGCUUUUUCUACGUCAUCCAUUGAGAUGUUACGCGACAGCAAGGACUCGGAUUCUAAAGGUCAAGUUUUCUGCUUUCUUCCUCUCCCUUUGAAAACUGGACUUCCCGUACACAUAAAUGGUCAUUUUGCUCUACAUCAAACACGUGGAGCAAUGUGGGAUACUGAAUCACCUAGAGGUUACUGGAACAGUUUGCUAUUAGAAACAACUAUAUCAAACAGCUAUGUCUUAGCUAUCGAAUACCUACGCGAUACGUUCUCCAGUAAUACCGUGGACGGACAAAUUGCGAACAUCGAAGGCAUUAAAACUUUCUUGAAUAUGUAUCACGACUCGUUUCCGCGAUACAAUCAAGGGAAGUUUGAUCUGAUAAAAAACAUGGUUUCAUCGUUCUUUGCUAUACUGUAUGAUAGUGAGUCUACUAUUUUCCCGGUACUUUCACCGAAAGCAAAGUCAAUAUGGUGGGUCGGUCUCAAACAGAAAGAACAUGCAUUUCCUGCCUUUUUCAAUAAUCUACCGGAUCAGUUUUGGACUGGGGCACAAAUGGCCAUAAAGGAACAAAGACAAUAUUAUGGACGGCAACUUAAUGACGGAGAAGAAACUAAGCGCCUACAACAAGCUGAAAAUGAUGCCCACCAACUCUCAUACAUCCUAAAAAAUAUUGGCGUGAAGAUUACUGAAUCGCCACUCUGGAUCAACGAGAGUAUUAAAGAGGCAUUUCAGAACCUGCCAAAGUUGCGCAUUCAAUGUGCUAUGACCCGAAAUGUUUUUGAAGAAGACCUACACAUGCUCGAUCAUACUUUUGUCCUUCGUUUCUUAAGAACGGUAAAUGAAACUACACCAGAUGUUUGCCUCGUAAAAGAUGUAGAUCGAGACCUUACGGACACGCGAAUCAAAAACAUAGAAAACAUGCUCUGUCUUCUACUGUAUUGUCUCAAAGAUAAACAAGUGUUCAUCCAAAACAUGGAACAAUUACCCUUACUGGUAACUAAUGACCGCAUGCUAAGGCGUUUUUCCACAACAAGCCCUGUAUUUUUAUCUCAAUUUUGUGAUCUAUUGCAAGCAUCGUCAAAGGAAUUCGUGCACAGGAAGAUGGUCAACGUUCUAAAGCGGCUCCAACCGCUCAAUCUGUUUUUAAAAUGUUUAGACUUAAGCAGUUUUGCAAGAAUGUUACCAGAUAAUGUUAAUAUGGCUUCACUGUCAGGAGAGGAACCAAUUCCAUGGAAUCAGAACAUUUUAAGUUUGGAAUGGAUGAAGGAGUUCUGGCAAUAUUUGGACACGUUGCAGCAAGUAAAUAUCCUGAUAUUGAAAAAUUGGUGUGUUAUUCCCGGAGAGUUGAAAACGACCAGUCAAAAUGGUAAUAAUUCUGAAAUUUUAGUACCCUGUCAUAAAGGCUUCAUUCUGAUGGACAGCAGUACCUCUAUGAAAAAAGAGCCCCUGCAAUUCAUACCUACCUCACUAAAAAUACCUUCGCCACAUGGAAGUAUCUCUUCAAAAGCAUUACAGCAUGCUGUUGCUUCACAACAUUAUCCUGUGCGGGUAGUGGAAUGCCUCAAUUAUCACCAGGAUAACUUGAGAUUGUUUCUAAAUCCAAAUGAAUGUGAUGUGAUACUACAGUACUUAUCGCAUCCGGAUAAUCUUCUGAUGCUGAAAGAGCAUCCAGCCACGAGGGAUCAAAUAAAGAACCUCUUCUUGUUUAGGACUGUCAACGGAAGCGUCGUAAGAAUCCUAGCAUGUACAGAUAUUUACAAUGUCAAAAAUCAUGCUAAUCUUCUGAAAGAUGGACUUGACGUUUGGUCAAACAAACUCAAAUUUACUCUGUUGAGGGACAAUUUUUUUACUAAAGAUUUGAUGCUUUAUUUGGAUUGUACUCGUCCUAUUUCAGUUACUGAAUUGUACUGCAAGCUGCUUUUGCCAAAUUUCCACCAUCUUGAAAGAAAACAUCAUCUGCCUCAUCUUGAACGUGUCCGAAGUAUGCUGAUGGAUAAACCAAGUUGUCCUUUAAAAGCAGCAUUGCGUUUGUCAGCAUUCAUUUUCCAUGAAGGAGUAUUCAAAAAAGCAAACCAUUUUUACAGCCCACACAACAGUUUCUGUAAGAAACUCUGUGACCAGUCCAUGUUGCCACCUGAACCAUUUGGAAAGUUUGCAUGGAAGAAAUUUAUGAUAUAUGCUGGUAUGAAUGAAACGGUUUCGGAGGAUCUAUACUGUCAGCUUGCUGAAGGCAUAGAACGCUCUGCACAAAAUACUGAGAUAACGACAGAGAUCAGAGAGAAAUCUAAAGCGAUGGUCAUGUACUUGUUCAGUACAGACGAGCUUUCAAACAACACUCCACUGUUGAAGAGAAUAAGGGAUAUUAGGUUCGUCGAACCCUACCAUGUUUGCCAGGAAUACCAAAGCAUAUACCCUCAGUUCGAGGGCCAGAGCUUGAUACAUUUCUGUGGGUCUGUAUAUCACUCUCUGGCUCCAUUGGUAUGGACCACGAUAUCUAUUCUACCGGAGUAUGUUUCUCCGUGUAGAAACAGAAACCAGAUCCAGGAAGGAUUAGGAAUCCUACAUACUCCGCCCAUUUGUAAUGUGCUAUCUCAUACCCACAAUGUGUGCGAUACACUCAACAGGAGAUUACAUGAACAGAAAACAAACACGGAACCUAGAGGUAAUUACCUUUCUGAAUUUAAUAUCACAAAAUUGAUGGAAAAAUUAUAUGCAUAUUUACAAAACAAAUACAUUUAUACUUCUGAAACCAAACAAAUGCUUUCGGAAACACCGCUCGUACAUUUGAAGGAAAUGGGAAUAUUUGUCACCGCAAGACAAGUAUCUAUCACAUUUUGCGGAAAGAAACAGAUACCGCCAUAUCUGGUUGAGAUUCCUCUGCAUUAUGGACCUUACAAAAAACUAUUUAAAGUCGUUGGAACAACAGAAUCCGUUACACUAGGUCAGUACUCCGAUGUACUCUAUCGUAUUCAGGCCGAAGUAAAAUCAGCGAUCCUGGGACCUGAGCGGAUACAUGACGUCUUAUCUGCUCUGACAGGAUUUAUGAUGCUGCUAGAGGAAGCAAGCUUGUCAAGUAUUGAAGAGUCUAUGGCCUCAGUUGAGACUUUGUAUUUACCUGCCUCGGACAAAAGUUUAGCAAAAUCAACUGACUUAGUGUAUGCUGAUAAACAAAAGCUGAAAAAAAGAGUAACCCAAGGAAGUGAUCAUCGGAUAGUGUUCAUGCACAGUUUGAAGGACUGUAACAAAACUGAAGACCUCAUCUUGAAACUACCGGUGAGAAUAAAACCAAAAGGAUUGAGCUCCAUCAUACAGGAGCAUCUCAUAUCCGUUUCUAAUAAUGAACCGGAUGCAAAGGUAGACGAUUUGCGAGUAUAUCUGGCGUCUCAGAGGUUUUUGAACGCACUUAAACAUAUAGGCAAAUUCGAGGACUUCGACUGCUGUAGACAACGGUUGUUGAGCAUCUGUUUUGUUUCUCCGUCUGAAAUUAAAACGAUAUUGCACGUGGAUGGUAGACCUAUUCGAGGUACAGAAGGUACUCAGGAGUGUUUUUACUCUGAGGGCGAACGAAAAUGCUAUAUUGCAGCAAGUACCCUUCAAGUUCGAAACUGGCUGAAGAAAAUUGGACAGCAACUCUGUGGAAUGCUUUCGGAUUGUUUUGAAAAACGAAUUUCCCCGGAGAAAUUUCGAGAGCUGAUUGAUUACGUUGACGACCCGACAGGAUUUAAAUCCUAUUGUGAAGAACUUUUAGACGAGGAAGAAAACGAUGACGACUCAUUGUCAUAUCAUCCGGGCCAAAUAGUACCUGUUGGCCUGCAUGCUUUACUACAGAAUGACAUCACUCUUCUAAAGGUUGGAGAUGUAGUUGCCUAUGAAAUGUUUGACCCAGCUAUCGAUGGUGACAACGAUGAUGUGAUAUCUAAGGACGCAGCGUCUGAUGCCGUUUAUGUUUUUGUGAGAAUCGUGCAGGAACAACCACUAGCUGGUCAACAUGCGUUACAUCAGAAAUACAAAGUGAAUUUCGGUCAGGACAACGAAAAGACAGUUUCGGGACUGCUUUUAUACAAGGUCAUUUAUCCGGAAUCAUCCAAAACAACCGAAUUAGUACUUCAUCUAUUUGGAAACGAUGGAUCUAUACUUUGUAAUAAAGACGGCAUAUUUGACCAAAUUAUUUUCACUUUGUCGAACGCUUGGAAACUAGAUGAUAAAGAUGAUAGGAAACGGGUCGUUAAAAGAUUGCUUUUGGUGUGGCAUCCUGACAAAAACCGCAAUAGAGGUGAUGAAUAUGAAAAUUUUUGCAAGGAAGUUACUCAAUUUAUUUUUGAUAUCAUCAGACGUCUUGAAAACGGUGAAUGUUUUGACAGUAAGACCCCCGAUGAAUCGGACGGAGGCAACAGAAGACGCAGAAGGAGAUGGAACUACGAUAACUGGCAAUAUGGCGACGGUUGUUCCAAUUUUUGGCAGAAUUUUAGGGACCGGAUGUCAUCGAGGCAUACAAAAAACCAGAGCAACUUCAGGCAUUUCUAUGCACAAAGGAAGGAAUAUGUUCCUGAUCCGCAACCUGCAGAGGCACGGAGGUGGUUUCGGCAAGCCAGUAUGGAUUACUUAAGUGGAGUGAACUCUUUAAAAGCUAGCGAUUCCACAGAUAGUGAUAAUAAGACCAAGGAAGACUGUAACUGGAUUUGCUUCAAAUUCCAUCAAGCUUGUGAGAAGGCCUGCAAAGCUUACAUGUACUCUGUCGACGCAAAGAAAGUGACCAAAUGCCACUACUUGCCAAACAUCCUUCCUUACGGCGACGAGCUCGAAGGUUUGUUAAGAGAAAUAGAAAUUCUCGUCGGCAGUUACUCAAAAAUGCGUUACCCGGACGUGAUGGAGUACCCUAAUAUACCAGGAGCACUGUACACAAAAGAUCAGGCUAAUAAAAUCAUGGAAUUAGCUGAAAAAGUGAUGGAAGGGAUAGAAAACCGAUUAUAGACACUCCAAUAUCCCUACUGAAUAAAUCAUGUGUAAAAUCGCGUUCAGUUUGGCAAGUUUUCAUAAUUAACUUUGCAAUUUGUGAUUGAAAUCAAUGGAAGAACGCCGUAUAUGAAUGAAUAAGAAAUCACUGUUAUCAAGAUUUUGCAAUUUUGAAUAUACUGAAGUUAGUAACAUAUUUGUUGGCAUAACGUUUAAUACGUUGAUACCAUUUGCCUUAAGCAGCAUGAACAGUUAUGCCAUUCUGCAAUACGAACAAAUGAUGCAAUCGCUUUAUAGUUUACAAUGUAAAUAAUACAAAUAACUUAUCUGUAUAUCAUGUCCCUAUUAUAGUGUAGAUAGUUUUAUUUAUUAAACUAGUAGUCAAAGUAUAUUCUUGUCACAAUAAGGACAUUCCAUAAUGGUUACAUAUACAUCUGAACUUUAAAUGUUCUAGAGGGAGUUAUCGUGUAUAUUUGUGUCUGUGGUUUUCUUUAUCCUUUUACAUAUUAUGAACAAAACUUGUUUAUUUUCUAACCACUAUUUGUUAUUUUAUAAGUCUGGUCUAUAAUGUCAGUAAUAUCAGAAUACUCUUUAGUUAACUGCACUGAUAUAUGAUAAAUGUAUAAUUUGUUGAGAAAACAUGUUUUAAGAAUCAUCUAUCAUUGUAUUAUAAACUUUGUAGUUUGGCCUCACAUUAACUAAAUACUACAUAUAGAAUUAUUUCUUUAAUGAAACGUGUUUCCGGAAUAAUUGUAAUAAUUUUUCUUAAUUCCAUUAAAUGUUAUUGCUUAACAAUGUUUGAUAAAGUGUAAAUACUUACAGAUUCACAAGGACAUUUGACUUUUACAUGUCCAUUAUCUAACAAUUUGUUUCAGAUACUAAUCCUUUUCAUAUUUUUUGUGUAUUUAGCGCCGAUUAUCUGUACAAAAUGAUUUUAUUUUUUUAAGUAAUUAUAUUUUGUUAUUUUUUCCUGUGUAAUAUAUAAUUUAACAGUUUAAAUAAGGUUUUCUUUUUUUCUGCUGUGACAAAUACCAUUUUGUGAUUUUCACAUUUAUCCUACCAAUCAAUUACGACGUGAAAAUAGCCAUGUCAUGUUACCACCGUCACCCCGUUAAACAGUAAUCCCUGUAUCACAUGAUCAUAUUUGCCUGGGAUUGACACUAUGUUCACGAUAACCCAUGUCUUUGCAAACAAUGUGUUGGUGUCUCAAUGAAUACCAGUUAUAUUAUUAUUGUGGAAUGAAUAUUUUACUUAUUUUUUCACUUGUUCUAUGCCCUCGAAUAAAAUAUCAAACUAUGCCCUCCACAGGUCAAGCAUUGGUGUUAUUCGUCAUGAACGUUUAAUGAAUGUAAUGUAAUGCCUUAUAUAAAUGGACACAAGAUUGACUAUAGAUAUGCAUGCAUUUUUUUAGAAAUAACAUUUUUUAUUGUCCCUUUCAUGGGAACUUAGUUAUCAAGCGGAAACUACCAUGUGUUGAACUGAUAUGUAUAGUCUUCAUUUACGGUGCUGGAAGUUCACCGUUGACGAAUGUUUUGAAUGGCGUAGCAACAUCAUGUUUGCUUCUGCAUAUUUGUGCUCUGAUUUUGAAAAUAGAAGUGGACAUUUCUUCAACUUGAAAAGUUUCAUUUCUAGUUUUGAAUACAUACAUUUUGUAUCUAUUGUACAGUUUAUGUUUUCAUUUUGUAUCUAGUUUGCUUUUUAUGUUUUCACAAAUGGUAAUGAUGAUACUGUUAACCUAGUAGAUUUAAGACUAUAUUUUGUAUAUAUCUCAAAAAUAGUUAGUGAUGCAAUUAUCCUUAUUUAACUUUUAUAUAUACAGUAGUUACAUGUCAAAUUUAUAUAAAUCAUUAUGAAAAACACGUCUGAAACCAUGUGAUAAACUUGUUUUAUAUUCAUUUUAAUAUUGUCUGUAAUAGAGCUUAUUGAUAUGGAAACUGUUAUCUUCACAAAUAUAUUCUGUUGUAAAUUGAUUAUGUCAAUAUUAUUAAUUUGUAUACCUACUAUUAAUCAAAGCAUAUGCUUAUCCAAACACAUCAUGUAACAGAAAUUUCUUUAUGUUCAUGAUGGAAAAAUCAUCUAUCACACGAAGAUCAUGCCAUGAUGACGUCAGCUGAUCAGGACGACAGUGUCAGAUGUUGUGGAUACAGUAAUCUGUGUCAUGUUGUAAAUAUACAAUUUCAAUUCUUUUCAAAUUUAUUAUAUCAAAUAGUUUAUUAUUUUAUAUGUAUAUAUUAUUCAAUUCCCUAUAAAAAUUCGUAUACUAAUUCAUAUAUAGGUAUCUUAUGUUAGAAAAUAUAUCCGUAUACAAUACUGUGAAAUCUGUAUUUAAAAUUGAAAGAAUUUGAUCUUUGUUUAAAAUAAUUGAAUGUUUUUAAUAAUAUGGUGCUUUGUAAUAUGGGCGACAUGGCCGUAUGGUGCAGAUGGUCGUAUGGUGCAGUGUAAUGUGGGCGACAUGGUCGUAUGGUGCAGAUGGUCGUAUGGUGCAGUGUAAUGUGGGCGACAUGGUCGUAUGGUGCAGUGUAAUGUGGGCGACAUGGUCGUAUGGUGCAGUGUAAUGUGUAAUUUGUUUGGCUUCUUGCAUAUAUAAUGAAAACUGUCUAAUACGUGUUUUUAUCAUGUAUGCAGAUAGUUUGUACAUUCUGUUUCUGUGUACAUAUAUAGUUUUUAUGUACUGCUUUAGAAUAUAUAUAUAUCUAUUUUUGGACAUAUUUCACUAUUUCUAUAUGAAUUUAUUUCUUUACACUUUUUUGUACAAAAUAUCUUCCAACACAUAGGUUUUGCUUGUUUGACAUGUGCAUCUUUGUAGAUGUUAUACACACACAAAUGGUAAUGCACAUACACGCAAACCUAGAAAGUGUAAAGUCUAUAUUAUAUAUAGAGAUAUGUGUGUGUACCCUAAAUAUUUGCUUUAUUACGCUAUGAAAAUACUUUAUAUUAUACAACAAAGGGCUUAAAAAGGUGCAGUUACUGAUGAUCUGUUCUUGUUUAACAUUUAAUUAGGGUAACAUGUAAGAUUUAUUUAAGUCUUUGAACAUGUGAUAUCGAUGUUCAAUUCAAAAUGUCGUAUACAUGUAUGUUUUAUAACAUUUCAUAACUUUAAGUUCACACAUGAAAGUUGUAUUGAAUGAUACUUUGUCUAUUUUAUCAAGAUUGUAAAUAAAUUAAAAUCUUAAGUAGAUGCAUUUCGAAACACAUUGUUUGAUUACAAUUAGAUUGAUUUUUGAUAGAUCAUAUUGGAAAUUUGAUCAUACCAAACAUAUUUCAGCUUGAUGUAAACAUUAUACUGAACAAUAUGAAUCAUGAGUCAAAUGUAAUACUACAGUUUCAUGUACAUUUUAUUAUUCCUAAAGCAACUGUCGAAAUACAUGUGGGUUUUUAAAAACAUAUAUAAGAUAUUAGAUUGUAAUGUACAUAUUAUAAUACAUUGUUUAACUGUAUGUUAAAUGAAUGUUAGAAAUUAUAUUUAAUUAGUUUGAUUUACUAUCUAAUAUACAUAAAAUACCAAUGCCGAGUGGUAAGUUUAAUGCCACGACGAUUAUUAAAUACCAUAGUUACAUCAAUAUCGAGUUAUAAGUUAGUUAAUGUCAUGUUUACAAAUAAUGAUUGAUUUUAUAUCUCUAAACCUCAUCGAUGUCAGAAAUGGCAUUGAUUCCGUUUGUUAUAAGUAAUAAUUGAAUUAAUUUGAUGUUAGAAAUAAUAUCGAGUUAAUUUGAUUUAUUACUUUCUAUGCUUUACAAACAUAUCGAACUAUGCUAUAACUAUAAUUAUGUAGUAAACGUUGAUGUUUUGAACUAAAUGGAUGUUAGAAAUAAUAUUGAUUUAGUUUAGUUAAAUAUCUUAUUUACUAAUAACAUCAAGUAAUAAAAUUAAUACUACUAAAAUGACUUAUUAAAGGUAUGAUACUUGGAACAUAUGAACUAAAUGGAUGUUAGAAAUGAUAUUGAUUUAGUUUGUUUUAUAACCUUUUAUACAUAAAAUAUCGAGUUAUAUAUAAUUAUUUUGAUUGAUAACUUUUCAUUACAUCAAUAUUGAGUGUUAUAAUAUUACUUUAUUAAAGGUAUGAUACUUGGAACAUAUGAACUAAAUGGAUGUUAGAAAUGAUAUUGAUUUAGUUUGUGUUAUAACCUUGUUUACAUAAAAUAUCGAGUUAUAUAUAAUUAUUUUGAUCGAGAACUUUUCAUUACAUAAAUACCGAGUGUAAUAACAUUAUUUUAACAUUCUAUUAAAGGUAUGAUACUUGGAGCAUAUGAACUAAAUGGAUGUUAGAAAUGAUAUUGAUUUAGUUUGUUUUAUAACCUUGUAUACAUAACAUAUCGAGUUAUAUAUAAUUAUUUUGAUUUACAACUUUUCAUUACAUAAAUAUUGAGUGUUAUAAUAUUACUUUAUUAAAAGUAUGAUACUUGGAAUAUAUGAACUAAAUGGAUGUUAGAAAUGAUAUUGAUUUAGUUUGUUUUUUAACCUGGUAUACAUACAAUAUCGAGUUAUAUAUAAUUAUUUUGAUUUACAACUUUUCUUCAUUACAUAAACACCGAAUGUUAUAAUAUUAUUAUAUUAAAGGUAUGAUACUUGGAACAUAUGAACUAAAUGGAUGUUAGAAAUGAUAUUGAUUUAGUUUCAUUUAUAACCUGGUAUACAUAAAAUAUUGAGUUAUAUAUCAUUAUUAUAAUUGAUCAUUUUUAAUAACAUAUAUACCGAGUGUCAUACUGUUAUAUUAUUAAAGGUAUGAUACUUGGAGCAUAUGAACUAAAUGGAUGUUAGAAAUAGUAUUGAUUUAGUUUGUUGUAUACCAAAUUUGAAUAAAAUACCGACUUUUUUUUUAAAUUUAAGAUAUCAUUUAGAUACAAAUAGGUCAUUUUUUAUAUUAAAGUUUUAAUGCACUUGGUCUGUGCGAACUAACUUGAUGUUAAAACGAUUUUUUUUAAAUUGAUGAAGUACCCUUCAUGCAUAAAAUAUCAAUUUGUCAAUUUUGCAAUAGCAGUUCAAAAGUAUGAAAGGUUUGGUCUAUAUGAAUUAAAUGGAUGUUAGAAAUAACAUUGAUUUAGUUUAUUAUAAAGUCAUAUUUAUAUAAAAUGUCAAAUAAUUACUCUAAUAUUUAUGUUAUAAAGGUAUGGCAUAUUUGGCACGUGUGCAUUAAUUUUAUGUUAGAAACGAUAUCGAAUUGAUUUUCUGCUUUACAAAAAGAUCGAGCUAUGAUUCAACAUUGAAAAUGUAUCAAAGGUGUGAUGCUUUGAAUAAGCAUGAACUUAAUGGAUGUUAGAAAUGAUAUUGAUUUAGUUUGGUUGAAUAACUUAUUUACAAACAACAUCAAGUUAUGAAUUCUAUGCUUCAAAAUAAUAAUUUAUCAAAGGUACAUGUAUUAUAGACUUGGUAUAUGUUAUCAAAUAUAUGAAAAACAUUACCUUUGAACUGACUGGAUGUUUAGAAAUGAUAUCGAUUUGUUUUAAUUUGUUACCAUGCUUAUGUAAAAAAAAAAUCGAAAAAAAAGGUAAAAUGUUAAAAUUAGCAUUGAUCAAUAGAAAUUUAAUAUCGGUUUUAAAGAUAUAUUUUAUGAUAGAACUGUGAACUUAAGUGAUGUUAGAAAUGAUAUUGAUUAAGUUUGUUUUUAACGAAAUUCAAAUAAAAUUCUGAUAAAUUGGAUAAAUGUCUAAGAUAUUAAUCAUAUAUAAAUAUAUAAUUAUAAGACUUGAUCUAAGUAAACUAAAUGGAUGUUAGAAAUGAAAAUGAUUUAGUUUGAUUUAUUACCGUUUACAAAUAAUAGCGGUUAUCAAUGCUACUAAAAUGCCUUAGGUAUACUAGACUUUGUCUAAUGAACUAAAUAGAUGUAAGAAAUAAUAUUGAUUUAGUUUAAUUAUACCAUUUUUACAUAAAAUAUGAACACUUUAUAAAUUACAGUAAAUCUUUACCCAGGGUAUGAAAUUCUAACUAAACGCUCGUUACUAGGGCAUGGUUUAGCUUCCAAAAGCACAUGGGUGUUAUAGCGUUUGGGAAGGUUUGAUGUGUGUGUGUGUGUGUUUGUUGUAAUGAACUAGAUGUGAUCCUAAAUAUAAAAAAAGAAAUUGUUUAGAAAUAAAGUACGCAGUUUUGUUAACUUGCUGUAGCCUAUGGAAAAAAGAACAUUAAUCAAACUAAAUAGUGAUGUUCAGGGUUUAUAUGAAAUAUUCCCGGAGUAGCAUUCAUUCCUGAUGUUUAACUGGUGUGUUGAUUUUCUUUAGAUG